UAUUUGUUGCAUGCCAUAUUAUUUCUUAUUUUGUUUGUUGUUUCUUUGUGUGAGAUGGUGCAAGUAGCUAUUUUUUUUCCCACCCUCUACACGUUUUACACCCUAGUUUGGCAGGAGUCCCAAUCGUGACUGCUAGCGAGUGGGUUGAGUAAGUACCGGGUGUGGCAUGUGACCAGAGCGCAUACAGCAGCACCAGCCCCCCCCCUGGCUGCCUCGAGUUAAUGCUGCUGUUUAACACACACAAACACACUCAGGAAACUGAAGCAGCCCGGCAUUUUACUUUUUGUACAGCUUUUUAAACAGAAAUAGCAUUGCGGUCAAUGGGGCUCGAUGGCUUUUGCAGCCUCGACGGUUCCGAUCCAUUCUGGGACUGGAACCGGACGUGGUACACCCCCAACCCAGACCUGACCCAGUGUUUCCAGAACACAGUGCUGGUGUGGAUCCCCUGCAUCUACCUCUGGGUGUGCGCACCCUUUUAUUGCCUAUACCUCCACAACCAUAACCGUGGGUACAUCCGCAUGUCCCAUCUCAACAGGGCCAAAACUAUUUUCGGGUUCUUGCUGUGGAUUAUCUGCUGGGCAGACGUUUUCUACUCUUUCUGGGAAAGAAGCCACGGUACAUCUGUAGCGCCAGUCUACUUGGUCAGCCCCACGCUGCUGGGAAUCACAAUGUUGGUGGCCGUGUUUCUCGUACAGUACGAGAGGAUUAAGGGGGUCCAGUCUUCCGGGGUGAUGCUGGGUUUCUGGCUGAUCGCGGUGGUCUGUGCUGCCAUCACUUUCCGCUCCAAGAUCCUGCAGGCUCUCAAUGAGGUGUCUAGUGUCAGUGUGUUUCGCUACACCACCUUUUAUACAUACUGUGCCCUCCUGCUGGUCCAGCUGAUCCUCGCCUGUCUCACUGACCAGCUGCCACUGUUCUCUGAGCAUGUGAAAGACUCUAUGCCUUGUCCAGAAUCAAGUGCUUCUUUUCUGUCCAAGAUCACGUUCUGGUGGAUCACUGGAUUGAUGACGCAGGGCUACAAGCGCCCCCUGGAGGAGCGUGACCUCUGGUCCCUCAGCGAGGAUGACAAGUCUCAGGGGGUCGUUGCCCAGCUGGUUCGGAGCUGGCAGUAUGAGUGUGCAAAGAUCAAAAGGCCAUUGGAGAUGGUGUACUCUCCGAAGCAUACAGCCAAGAGGGAGGCCGCAGAGAAGAAGGAAGGUCCAGUGGAUGAGGCAGAGGUCCUCAUAGUGAAGAAAACCCAGAAGGGCAAAGAGCCGUCCCUCCUGCUGGCGAUGUGCCAUACCUUUGGGCCCUACUUUCUGAUCAGCUUCCUCUACAAAUUCAUGCAUGACAUCCUCAUGUUUGUCGGGCCUGAGAUUCUCAAGCAGCUGAUCCUCUUUGUAAAGGACUCCAGUGCCCCCUACUGGCAGGGCUUUUUCUACACGGUGCUGCUGUUCCUCUGUGCCUGCCUGCAGACACUCCUCCUGCAGAAAUACUUCCAUGUGUGCUUCAUGACGGGCAUGAGGCUGCGCACCUCCAUCGUGGGGGCCGUCUACAGAAAGGCUCUGAUCAUCACUAAUGCUGCCCGCCGCACUUCCACUGUGGGGGAGAUUGUGAACCUGAUGUCAGUGGAUGCCCAGCGACUUGUGGACCUGAUGACCUACAUCAACAUGAUCUGGUCAGCUCCUCUGCAGGUGGUCCUAGCUCUCUACUUCCUCUGGCAGAAUCUGGGCCCCUCUGUGCUGGCAGGCGUGGCAGUGAUGGUACUGAUGGUGCCGGUGAAUGCAAUGAUGGCCAUGAAGACCAAGACCUAUCAGGUGGCCCAGAUGAAGAACAAGGACAACCGGAUCAAGCUGAUGAAUGAGGUUUUGAACGGGAUGAAGGUGCUGAAGCUGUAUGCCUGGGAGCUGGCCUUCAAGAACAAAGUGCUGGAGAUCCGGCAAAGCGAGCUCAAGGUGCUGAAGAAGAUUGCAUACCUGGCAGCCAUCUCCACCUUCACCUGGGUCUGCGCCCCAUUCCUGGUGGCGUUGUCGACCUUCGCUGUCUAUGUCCUGGUGGAUGAGAACAACGUACUGGAUGCUGAGAAGGCCUUUGUUUCCCUGGCGCUCUUCAACAUCCUGCGGUUCCCUCUCAACAUGCUGCCCAUGGUCAUCAGCAGCAUGGUGCAGGCGAGCGUGUCUCUGAAGCGGCUGCGUAGCUUCUUGUCUCAUGAAGAGCUGGAGGAGGACAGUGUGGACAGGAAGGCCAUCUCUGGCUCCGCUGACAGCAUCACCAUUGUGGAUGGGAUGUUCAGCUGGUCAAAAGAUACCCCCCCCUCUCUAAAAAGGAUCAACGUGUCGAUCCCUGAGGGCGCGCUGGUGGCCGUGGUGGGUCACGUGGGCUCUGGGAAGACUUCCCUGCUCUCCGCGCUGCUCGGGGAGAUGGAGAAACAGGAGGGCUUUGUCUCCGUCAAGGGCUCGGUGGCCUAUGUGCCCCAGCAGGCAUGGAUCCAGAAUGCCACCCUGCGGGAGAACAUUGUGUUUGGGCAGGAGAGGAAGGAGAGCUGGUACCAGCAAGUGGUGGAGGCCUGCGCACUCAUGCCUGACCUAGAGAUCCUGCCUGCGGGGGAUGAGACUGAGAUCGGGGAGAAGGGUGUAAACCUGUCCGGUGGUCAGAAGCAGCGGGUCAGCCUGGCUCGAGCCGUGUACUGCGAAUGUGCCGUCUACCUGCUGGAUGACCCCCUGUCUGCGGUGGACGCCCACGUAGGGAAACACAUCUUUGACAAGGUCAUCGGACCCAAGGGGGUGCUGCAAAGCAAGACCCGGGUGCUGGUGACCCACGGGCUGAGCUACCUGCCGCAGGUGGACCUCAUUCUGGUGCUGGUGGACGGGGAGAUCACAGAGAUGGGCUCCUAUCAGGAGCUGCUAAACAGACAAGGUGCUUUCGCCGAGUUUCUGCACACGUACGCCAACGCAGAGCAGGACAGAGGGGAGGAAGAUUCGAACAGCCCGACAAGUAAAGACUUGAAAGGAUUAGAGAAUGGAGCUCCUGCAGCUCUCUUCAGGCCUCGCAGUACAGGCUCCGGAGCUGGUGUGGAUUCAGACAAGCACAGAAGCAGCAAUGAGGUGUCUGGCAAACACAACAAACCAGGGGCUGGCACUGAGGCCGGAAAACUGACCGAGGCAGACAAGGCCCAGACCGGCAAGGUGAAGCUGUCUGUCUUCUGGGAGUACAUAAAGGCAAUCGGAUUCUUCCUGUCCUUUCUCAGUGUCUUCCUCUUCUUCUGCCACCACUGCUUCUCCCUCGCCUCCAACUACUGGCUGAGCCUGUGGACUGACGAUCCCAUCAUCAAUGGAACGCAGUCCCACACUAAAAUGCGCCUGGGCGUCUACGGAUUGCUGGGGCUGUCUCAAGGCGUGACCGUGUUCAGCUACUCGAUAACCGUGUCGAUCGGGGGGGUCCUGGCCUCACGGCACCUCCACCAGACCAUGCUGCACAACGUGCUGCGCUCGCCCAUGAGCUUCUUCGAGCGCACGCCCAGCGGGAAUCUGGUGAACCGCUUCUCCAAGGAGACGGACACCAUCGACUCGGUCAUCCCCAGCAUUAUCAAGAUGUUCCUGGGCUCCCUGUUCAACGUGCUGGCCUGUUGCGUCGUGAUCCUCAUAGCCACGCCCAUCGUCGCCGUCAUCAUCCCGCCUCUCGGCCUGCUUUACUUCUUCGUGCAGCGUUUCUACGUGGCCUCGUCCCGGCAGCUGAAGCGCCUGGAGUCGGUGAGCCGCUCGCCUGUCUACUCCCACUUCAACGAGACCCUGCUGGGUGCCAGCGUGAUCCGUGCCUUCCGAGAGCAGCAGCGCUUUAUCAGGGAGAGCGACAACAGGGUGGACCACAACCAGAAAGCGUAUUACCCCAGCAUCGUGGCCAACAGGUGGCUGGCAGUGCGCUUGGAGUUUGUGGGGAAUUGCAUCGUCUUGGCUGCGGCUCUGUUUGCCGUUGUCGCCAGAGACAGUCUGAGCCCGGGCAUCGUGGGGCUCUCGAUCUCCUACGCACUGCAGAUAACGGCAUCUUUGAACUGGCUAGUUCGGAUGUCAUCUGAGAUGGAGACCAACAUCGUUGCCGUGGAGAGAGUGAAGGAGUACUCUGACACAGAGAAAGAGGCGGUGUGGAGGGUGGAAAAGACGGCGCCACCCCAGGCCUGGCCCACACGCGGACACAUCGAGAUCCGAGACUAUGGCCUGCGCUAUCGAGAGGACCUGGAGCUGGUCCUCAAAAACAUCAGCUUCACCAUCGAAGGAGGAGAGAAGGUGGGGAUUGUGGGGAGGACGGGGGCAGGGAAGUCGUCUCUGACGCUGGGUCUCUUCCGGAUCAUCGAGCCGGCGCAGGGGAAGAUCCUCAUUGACGGAGUGAACAUUGCCGAUCUGGGACUGCACGACCUGCGCUCCCGCAUAACCAUCAUCCCGCAGGAUCCUGUGCUGUUCUCGGGCACCCUGCGGAUGAACCUUGACCCCUUCGAUGCGUACUCCGACGAAGAAGUCUGGAACUCUCUGGAACUCGCUCACCUCAAAAACUUUGUGUCGGGGCUCCCAGACAGGCUGAACCACGAGUGCUCGGAGGGAGGGGAGAACCUGAGUGUGGGGCAGCGUCAGCUGGUGUGUCUGGCUCGGGCUCUCCUUCGGAAAACAAAGAUCCUGGUUCUGGACGAGGCGACAGCAGCCGUCGAUCUGGAAACAGACAACCUAAUCCAGUCGACAAUCCGCAGCCAGUUUGAGGAGUGCACCGUCCUGACCAUCGCUCACAGACUUAACACCGUCAUGGACUACACCAGGGUCCUGGUCCUAGACAAAGGUCAAAUUGUGGAGUUUGAUUCUCCAGCCAGCCUUCUUGCCAAGAAAGGAGUAUUCUUCAAAAUGGCCAAAGACUCUGGCCUGGUGUAAUCACACCAGUGACUGAACUGGGUCCUGCUGGUUGUUUCAUUGUCCCUGCAGGCCAGUAGCUUUUGCGAAGCAGGGAGAGAUGUUCCCCACUGGCACCCUUUCUCUCUCUUUCUCUCAGUAGGUAUGGCACUGCUAACUGUCCCUCCACAUGCUAGCCAUGCACUUGGCUGUCCCUUCCACUGAUUCAUGGCUCUCCAUUGCCCAGUAGAAGGUUUCUUGGUAUGCAGUCCCAAUUAUAGUACAUAGUAGAAACAUAAGUGUAAGACAGUGGCUCCCUGUUUCAGUCCUCAGGUUUUUCAAAUGGCCCUAAAUAUGUAUCUUAAAACACCAGCACUCCUAGCCUCUGUGACCUAAAGGGCUGGCUGAAACUACAAUGCUUGCUGUUAAUGUACCUGUAGGAGCAGGGUUAUAAACCACUGGCAUUUAAGGUACUUGCACUGUACUCUCAAUUAAGAUUGAUUUUUGCCACCCAUGGCAAGUCUUAGCCAGUAGGUGGUGCUGUUGGUACAUACUGAUCCUUUAACAAUGUAAGUAGCACCUUCCUUUUUAAAAUAGAUAUACACUAGUGUACUGUAGUCUGUGGUUUUUUUUUGUACAGUUGCCUGUGACAUAAUUUAGACUUCUGAUAAUGCAGUCUAUACCGCUUAACUUAAUUGAUAUUUGCUUUGCAUUUAGUGGUGAUAUGACUCCACAAAGAUAACAGACAGGGCUUGAGAUCAUAUAUUGUACUGCAGUCCUGAGCAAGACAGGGAUGUUUCUGUCGGUUUCAACCAAAAUCUCUUUUGUCCAAAGUGCAAUAUAGCGUGCAUGCGUUUUUGUAUGUGUUCCGGAUGCUUUGCAUUUUGGGGUCUCAGUCCGUGAUUCUUUGGCUGGUAUUUCUCCUUUACCCAGUGGGAGAGCUGUGUCGGCUAACGCUGCUCUGUGUUUAGCGUUGGCUUCUCCUGCUGGAGCUGCCUGUCCCCUCUCUCCAUCCAGCAGUGGAGCUGUGGGGACCAGUGCAGCUGGUGCAUCCUUGAGCAUGCACUCUCAAAGGGUGUACUUUCCACAGUCGACUGCCAUGUAAUCAUAAGCACUCAACAAACACACAAUGCUGAGCUUUUCAAAAGGUAAGGGAUAUUGUACAUCCCAUAUUAAAAUGCUAUUUCAAGCUUUUUGUCCUUUUUUAAACCAGGUACUUGAUUACGGGUGUAACGCACUCAUAAUACCACUAUUUUCAGAUGAAGAUGUAAAUAAGUAGCUAUCAUAGGUCUCAUUGCUUUUUUUUGUACUCCCAGUGCUGUGCUUCAAUGUUGUUAUAUCUGAUUUAAUUGUUACUUCGCUGUACCAGAUUGUUUUUGAUUGUACGUCCACUGACUGCACAACAGCAUUUUAUUUAAGCAUGUUUUUGUAUAAAGUGCUAUUUUGCUAUUUGACAACUUUUUUUGUUGAGAAAAACUGAAGGUGAUGGUAUUUUACUUUUACAGAUUUAUAUUAUUGUAAAUAUAUUCAGGUCAAUAUUAUAAAGCUUGGUUUGUAUUGAUAAUCUGCUGUCCUUAUGUGAAAAAGAGAAACAUAAAUAAAUGUAUUUAGUUAGAAUUUUUGGUUA